CCGACAAACAAGCUCAAGUGAAUCUCAGUUAUCAAAAGACUUAGAACCCCUGAGAAGUUACAUGGGCUCAAUAACUUUGAGUGAAAUACGAAGCUGGGAUGAUUCAGGGACUGAAGCAAGAGGAGAAACUGAAAGUUCAGAAGCCUCUAGAAGGGAAUCAAUGGCUAGUAGAUCUAUGUCAGACUGGAAUUGGUCAGAAAAUAGAAGUGAUGACAAAAUAUCGCCCAGUACAUGUAGUAUGAAUAGUAGUGUAUUCAAGAAUUCAGGCGAAGAACAAAAACCAGUAGAUACAUCUUUGGGAAUCUUAGAGUUAUCCCUUACAUAUGAUAACGAGAACAAUACCCUCCAUUGCACCGUGUAUCGAGGAAAAAAUCUGAUACCGAUGGACAUGGCCGGCUUAUCCGAUCCAUUUUGCAAACUGAAUAUUCUGCCAAAUGCAAAAAAAUCUACGAGAUUGAGAACGAAAACCGUGCACAAAACCCGCAAUCCCGAAUUCAACGAAAACCUCACAUUUUAUGACAUCACCGAAAGUGAUUUGAUGAAGAGAUCAUUGCACGUAUUAGUAGUAGAUGAUGAUAAAUACGGGCAUGAUUACAUGGGGGAAACUAGGAUUAAUUUGGCUAAGUUGAAAUUUCAAAAUACUAUAUACCUUGCUGUGCCUCUGGAGAACUUACGAACUGAACAAAAAGGACCAGUGCCGGCUCUUGAACUCAACGAAUGGUUCGACGAUUUGUGGUCUAGAGGGCAGAUAUUGCUGUCUCUAUGCUAUAACACUAAGAAGAGAGCAUUGCUUGUAACCGUUGUUCGAUGUGUGAAUUUGUUACCAAUGGAUAAUAAUGGCUUGUCUGAUCCCUUUGUCAAACUUCAGCUGAAACCGGAUCCCAAUCACAAAAAACACAAAACCUCCAUAAAGUGGAAGAAUUUGAAUCCGGAGUUCAAUGAAGAGUUCGCCUUUGAAACAAGACCUACUGAGUUGACGACGCAGAGUCUUUACGUGACCGUAUUCGACAAGGAUUAUGGAAAAAGUAACGAUUACCUUGGAGGACUUAUACUAGGAGGAACAGGAUCUAAAGGUCUCAGGCUGAAACAUUGGAUGGACAUGAUCAGAUAUCCGGAUCAUAGACACGAGCAGUGGCACAAUUUAACCGAAGAUAUUCUGGAAUAGUGUUGUUUUUGAAAUGUUUUGUUUUGUAUUUCUGAUCUUUGUGUAUGCUGGUGACUUCAGGCUUUUCUAUAAACAACUCGAAACACAUUGUUACUCAAUGUAUGGUCAAAAAUUUGAAGUAUUUUACAAACUUAAUCUAGAUAUCGCAAUUUCACACUCAAUAUACAUUACAAUUACAUUACAAAUUACAACUUACCCGUCGAUAAUUGCUAUGAUUUCAUCUUGGAAAGAAAGUAUACAACUAUAACUUUGCAGAACAUGAACACAUCUAGUAUUUUUCUGCCUUUGAUUUUUGUGACCAAUAAUUUAAACAUCUAUGUUAUGAUGUGGAAUCUUAUUCUUCGUCAUCAAAAGUAGCGUAUGCAUCUUAUAUCAUGAAUAAACUAAUCGUUUCUGUGGAAUUUUACAAAUCAGAGGUUUUCAGGUUGGUACUUCAACAACGACUGGAACAUUUCACGGCGUUAGUAAUCGGAAUAUGAAUUUUUCUUUGUGUGCUUUUUUAUGUACUUUCAACAACUUGACAUGAUGAGAAAGGUGAGCACUUAUAUGAUAUUGCGAAGAAGUUUCGAUCUAGAUGUGUGAAAUAAUUGACAGUGUGUAUGUAUAUUGAACAUAUACAUUCUCAAGACACAGAGAAAUUGUGAUCAAAUUUGUUUACUGAAAUUCUAUACAGUUGUAUGUACGUAUUGAGAAAAAUAAUUUUGUCACAUUGUUCUCUACUAAUUAUCAAAUUCUUGCAAUUCAGCGAAGCAUAUGUAUAUUGAGAAUCAGGAAAAGUGACCAGUUUUGAUAUUGUGUAUUGUAAAAUGUAUUUUCAAUAAAGAAGUUGUUUUUA